ACUGAACCUUUAAACUGCACCUGCUCGCCCGGUGGAGAAGCUAACGAGCAGAGCCUGGAACUGGAACCCGCAGUCUGACUGAACACGGAUCCGUUCAUGUGAAGGAGCUGCAAAUGGCGACACACCAGACGGUGUGGCCGUGUUUCCCGGUGACCUUCCCCUGCGAGCUGCUGCUCCCCGGGCAGAGCUACGCGGCUAAUCGGUACGCGGGCGUGGCGGUGCAUCCCCGGCCGAUCCCGGUCCUCUACGACGCGGUGAUCCAGAAGCCGUGUCCCAAAACGUACAGGAAGUUCCUGCUGCAAAGGUCUGUGUUCGACUUGGUGGAGGCUCAUCGCUACCUGUCGCUCACUGACCAGAAGCUGCAGGGCUGGUAUUUCGGUCUGACUCCGGAGGACAGAAACAUCAUACUGGAUGAAGGAGGGUUUCACCAGUUUCUGCAGAGACACUCUGCGUUGGAACUGUCUACAUAUCAUGUUUAUGUGAAGUUAGAUAACAGGGAAAGGAUCGCUCCUGUCCAGCCGACCAUCACAUGCAACCAACAGAUAUCCAAAACACCAGGAGCAAAGAAGUGCAGAUGUGAACUGCCCGAAACACAGAUGCGUCCGAAUGAUGUGAGGGAGAAGUUCACCCGAGAGCCAAAUGAGGUGCUCAGCCACAGCAAACAGCUUGUGCAUACAGCCUGUAACAGCCCUAUCACACAGGUACCAGGCCGACACAAAGAGAGGAGGGCCAGCAGUGGCACUGUGUGCAGGGAUCCAGCCAUACUGGUGAGCUUCCCUCUGCACAUGGAGCUGGAGCCAAGUGGUCAGAGAGGAAAUCCUGAGCCCAAGAGCCACAUUUCAGUGAUGCAGGACCUGAAUGCUAACGUCGCUGCUAACUGUGCUGAAGUCAGUGAAUUGCAGUCAAAUCCAAACGAGUCUCCCUCUGAGCACUGCAGCUGUGACUGUGUGGAUGUUGAUGCUGGAGAAGACAGUGACAGGAGCAUCCAAUCAGUCGUGUCGGAGCAGGUCAGCUGUUCUCUGGACCCAGCCGAGGAAAACAGCACCGAAGACGAGUGGCAGGAGAACACGUUCAGUGGAGCCGAUCAGAAUGACUACUUCCACAGCAUCAUGGGGGACGAUAUGAGCAUCCUUGGCUUAGUGGCUCCCGGAGGACCACAAGCACAUCACUCAGGACCGGGCGCCACUAAUAGUGAAGCACUGUCAGACACCGGUGAGACUGCGACGUCUCCAGCCGAGGAGGACACCUCAGAAACUUGCACCCCCCCUCAGCAUCGCGCUCCCACCUGUGAUGUCAUGGUCGGCACAGAGUCUGUACCACACGUGUCAACUUUCACCCAAUCGGAGGAUCCACAAACUGCCGACAAGCACGUCAUCACCGAGGUCCACAUGGCAGAUCUGGACUAUCUGGCUGGGGAGUUUAUCAAACUUAAUGCGGCUCAAAAGGAACAAAAGGAGAAAAUUAAAAGAUUGGGUUAUAAAUUGAGAAAGGGAUGUGACUGUAUUGAGCGUGCUCAGCAGGCAGAGCUGCGCCUCCUGGCUGUGCAGCACCUCAUGUGCAGGCAACACUGCUGGAGACUCUGCUGUACCUCUGCUGAGGGAGACCAGCUCAUUACAACGCACAGAGAUAAGGACCAAUACCGGCCAAAGGAGCCUCCUGCAAACAUUUCAGGUGUCCUGCAAAAACUGGAGUGUGACUAUAACCACAUGAGGGACCAGAUCCUGGAGGGAGUUCCUCUGGAGCAACUUAAACCUCUGUGUGUUGACUCAGAGAAGAGUAUUACUGGAGCAGGUUACGUCCCUGCACAUAUAAUUGGUGAUGUGCUGGAAGAUCGUCCCUCUCGGAACGCCCUGGAGCCACAGGGGUAUAAAACAUUAGCUGAAGAAAAUGGAUGUCCUGGUGAUCAAAGCAGCGUUGGCUUCCAGGAUCGUCAGACUCGGGACAAAAAGCUGAAGGCGGAGAACAGCAAAACAAGGAGAGUUGUCACUUGUGUCCCUCAGGGAGGAGAUGCUAACCAUGAUGCCAACAAGCCGGAAGAAAAGCAGACCAGAGCUGCAUGCAAAGAGCUCAACAUGAGCGAGUCAUGGUUCGAUGCUGAAGAAGACCUGCAGCCUGCAGGAGCUGCUGACAGGGGACAGGACACCACCACGAUCUCAGAAGGUCCAACUGAUGAAUCUCCCUGUGAGGAGGCUGAGAGCUCAGUGCUCUGCGUCACUAACCUUCCCACAAACGUGACAGAGAGUGAAGUGAAGACGUGGUUUGAGAAGUACCAUCCCUCUGAAGUCAUCUUCCCUGUUUUAAAGAAAGAUCUGAGAGUUGCCAUAGUGACGGUAACUGGCCUCCAGUCUGCCGAGGCUGCGGCGAGGGAGCUGAAUGGCUUCAGCGUGAAGGGCCGUACUUUACAUGUGGAGCACAUCAACAGAGCCGUCGGUGGGAGCCAGAGUCUGAGCCAGGCCUCAGGCAGCAUCGGGGAGUCCUCACAGGAAGCCCAGACUGACCCCAGUAGCACUGAGAGAAAGCUGCCUCUGGGCUCCAGCACCAAGAGCAGGACGGUGGUCUGCAUCGUGCCCACAGCAAAGGCGACGUUUGUGCCCCAACACUACGGCACCAUGGGCAGCUUCGAUACCCUGAUGGCAGCGCUGACUCUGCACCACCCGGCUGUCGGGAGGCAGAGGAUUGUCAAUGCUCUGGUGGAACUGACGGCCAAGCACCGGGGGGCCCUCUGUGGCCUGCCGCUCGGGAGAAUCAGGGAGAUGACCUCCGAGCUUCUGACCAGGCCAGAGAAUGUCCCGUAGUCACGAGGAAGCAGGAGCAGGAUGGAGGCUUGAGAUUUUGUUUUUUCUUUGUUUAAAAAAAGCAUCACAACCCUUCUCAGGUUUUUUCUUUACAACUCAAGUGAUGAAUCUAAAAUCAAUCGUAUGUCGGCUGAAAAAGUUGUGUUUGCCUUAGAAAGUAGUUCUCAAAUGUUAGUUUAAUAUAGCGUCUGUGUUCAGGUAGCAUCAGAUUGUUUUUGGUUGUUCUUCAGUGCUGAGUUCGUUGUAGCUACAAGUUCAAGUUUGAGGUUUUCACACAGUGCCUACAUCUGUUUUUUUAAAGGAAUGUGUUUGUAGAGAUCUGUAAAGUGGCUCAUAAGGUUGCUCACCGUACAGCAGCAGCUUUGUUAGUGUUUUACGUUCCAUUAAUAUAAAGGAUGCACAUUGAAA